UAUGCCUAUCAAAUUAAGAGUACAAGGUCAAUCAAUUACUGUUGAUGAAAGAUUUGCUAAUGUUAGCAACUUUUUGAAAGAAGCAUGGGAGCCAGGUUCAGAUGAAGUAGAUUAUUUUAAAUAUAAAUUAGGAAGUGCCUUUGUUAGACAGUUAAGUAACAUUGAAGGCAUUUUAGACUUUGUAAAAAUAUUAUGAAUUCAACAAUUUUGAGCCAGCAAUCAUAGAUGCUAUUUGUAAGAUUAUAAUAUUAUUUUAUAUUAGCAAAUGAUCCCAACACAUGCUUUUUAAAUGAAUUUAAUAGAUAAUUGAUUAUGGAGUAUAGUGUAUUUGAAGGAAAUGAGUUAAAAGAGUUAUUAUAAGCAGCCAUUUAUCUUUAAACUUUGGCAUUCAAGAGUAAAUAAUUUGAUAUUAUAAUUAGAAUUAUGCUUGGCUAGAAUUGCAUUUGAAUUCCAUGUAGACAAAUAGGAACCUAAUAAAUCCUUUAAUACAUUGAAAGAGAAAUUUAAUAUGACAAAUUCUGCUCUCACAUUAGGAGAUGUUGAAAGAUUUAAGUAAGAAUAUCCAACAAUCGUGAAUAAAUAUAAUUGAUU